UAAAUGAUUGAUUUGGUAAUCUUUAGGUCGUGUUUUUUUGUUAAAAGAUUAGUACUAGUAGUCGUCAUAUUUUGGUUGUCGAAUUUUCUCUGACAGUGAGUAACAUACUUACAUAUUUCUUUCUUCUCUGAGAAUACGGAAAGAAAAGUCUGCUGUUCACAGAUAACAGUAAUAUGUUGUAAACAAGCAAAAACUGUUGUACGUUAUUAUUAGGUUGGGUCGUUGUUUUCGUGAUUUGUGUGCCACGUCGUACCGAAGGCAAAGCAAGAUUGAAUUCGACUACUUCGUGUAUCUACUGAGAGCAACCGGAAGGAAUUCCUGAAGACUGAGGAAGAAUACAUUAUCAUUAAAGUGUUGAAGAACAUAUAAACAAGCAAAGUGAAAGGAAGCCAUUCAGAUCAUCAAGGUCACCCAUCGAAACAACCAAGAUAUGUUCCCUCUGCUACCUUAUGGGUGGGAAUGUCAGUUGACAUGAGUUUUAUUCACCUCAUUGGGCAUGAGCUAAUCAUGGGCUCCAGUAGCAUCAGCUGAGAGAGCAACCACACAUGCUGUUUAUCGAUGAUCUAGCAUCACUCUGGAGUAUGUCCUUGCGGUGUCAAAGGAGAACUUGGUCUGGAAGACAGUUCUGCAUUAUGUGUUUGUACAUUAUCUUUGUGGCUGGUAUUAAACAUGAUGUUAUAGGACUUCAACCUGAAGAAGUUUGCCGGAACAUAGAUAUCAGGAACUCUGUGGAUCAGUUCAAGAAGCUUGAAAACUGCACAGUAGUUGAAGGAUUUCUUCGAAUUGUCUUGAUUGAUAAUGGUACUGCCAGAAGCUAUGAAACACUAUCUUUUCCAAAACUUCGUGAAAUAACAGGAUACUUGUUUUUGUAUCGAGCAUUUGGAAUGGAAUCUAUUGGAAAGGUAUUUCCAGAAUUAACAGUUAUAAGAGGCAAUUUAUUGUUCCAAAAUUAUGCUUUAGUUAUCUAUGAAAUGUUCCAGCUUCAGGAGAUUGGACUCUCAAGCCUCACAGACAUUGUUCGAGGCUCGGUUCGGAUAGAAAAAAAUCCUUAUCUCUGCUACGUAAACAGUAUUGAUUGGGAUCUUAUUGCUAAGGCUGGUCAAGGAGGUCAUUUUAUUAAACAUAAUCGAGAGCCAAGAGACUGUCCAAGUGUGUGUCCAGAGAAUUGUCCUCUUAAUACUAGAAAUGGUCCACUUACCAGACGACUAUGUUGGAAUUCUCACCUGUGCCAGAAAGUGUGUAGCGAAACAUGCCAAAGCUCAACAUGUGAUCACCAGGGCAGGUGCUGUCACAAGGAAUGUCUUGGUGGGUGUAAUGGGAUAUCAUCCAGUGACUGUAAAAGCUGUAGAAAUGUUGUAUAUGUUGACCGCUGCCUGGAGAAAUGCCCUUCACUGACUUAUCAGCAUAUGGGAUGGAGAUGUAUCGAUGAAAAUGUUUGUCGGAGUAUGGUAACAAAUGAAAUUUUAGGCUCUGAAGGAAAUACGAGAGAGAUUUAUUGGAAGCCAAUAGAUAAACUGAGAAGCUGUAUGCAAGAUUGCCCUGUUGGUUAUGUAGAAAAUUCAACUGAUAGACACAGGUGUAUAAAGUGUUCCGGCCACUGUCCCAAAGUGUGUCCCGGAACAGUAGUUGAUAGUGUUGCAGCUGCACAGAAGUUGUCAGGAUGCACCACGAUUAAUGGGUCUCUCAUCAUCCAGAUACACAGUGGAGCUAAUGUUAUUGAAGAACUAGAAGAAAACCUGAAGUACAUUCAGAAUAUAACAGGCUUUUUGAAAGUGUUUCGAUCUUAUCCGUUGGUUUCUCUAAACUUUCUUAAAAACCUGAGGGAUAUCCAUGGAGAGGAAUUUGAAAAACAAAAUUAUUCAUUACUGGUAUAUGACAACCAGAAUUUGGAAGACCUCUGGGACUGGAAGAGCCGGAAUUAUACACUUCGCUUCCGUCAGGGUAAAAUCUUCUUCCAUUUUAACCCCAAGCUGUGCCCAGAAAGGAUUACAGAACUCAAGAAUUACUCCACUGUCAGAAGCUGGGAUGAAAGAGAUGUAUCUCCUAGCUCUAAUGGUGAUAGAGUAGCAUGUAAUGUGACAUCACUGGAAGCAUCUCCUUGGCGUGUGUGUUCGAGCAUGGCUGGAAUAUUGUGGGAGAAUUUCAGGAAUAAAGUUGGUGACCAUCGUUCACUCCUUGGUUAUACAAUACAUUACAGAAAAGCGAAAGAAAAGAAUAUCACAAUGUUUGACGGGAGAGAUGCGUGUGAGAUGAACGUGUGGAAAGUCAUAGAUAAAGAAGCUACAGAUGAUAAGAACAAGACCACUAUUUAUCAUCUUAUAACGCACCUAGAACCUUUCACUCAGUAUGCAUUCUACAUCCAAACUUACAACCUGGCCCAAGCGGCAAAAGGGGCUAAAAGUGAGAUCAAGUAUUUCACAACCAGUCCCGACACUCCUAGUCCUCCACUGAACGUUCAUUCCCAAGCUAUCUCGGUUGGUGAGAUACGGAUAAAAUGGCAACCACCCAAAAGGCCCAAUGGGAAUGUUACACACUACAUCGUGAAGGGCAAGCGUGAGCUGGAUUCUACAGAUUAUAUUCGCCAGAGGGACUAUUGCACCCAACCCAUCGUGAUUGAUUUUAAAGACAGAGGAAUUGAGGAGGAGGAUGGGGAUACCACAAACUUGUGGGUGAACAGUUCUCAUACAGGACAGGGGGUAGAUAAAGAUGGAAGUGAUGAAGGAGGUAUUACAAAAAAUGGCAAGUGUUGUCCAUGCACAGACAAGAAAGGUGAGAAGAAACAGGAGGAUGAAAUCCAAGACCAGAUCCAGUUUGAGGAUGCUAUCCAUAAUACAGUUUAUAUUAAGAAUCCUAAUGCAAGAUUGGGAGUUAGUAGUCGUUCAAGAAGAGCCAUAUAUACCUCGAAGAAUCCACAGAAGGUGACUGAAUCUGGUUCAACCUCCAUAAGCGAAAAAAAUCUCCACUUUUCAACCACUCUGGAGCCCGGUAAUACCAGUACUUCACACCCACCAAGUGAAAAUGUGACCGAGAACGGUGUUUACAUUCGGUUUAGCAUCAAUGUUACACACACCAGCCUUACCGUGUCUCAGCUUCGGCAUUACACUGAGUAUACUAUAGAGGUUCGGGCUUGUCAAGACAUUGAUAAGGAAACCCAGAAUUCCUCUUGUCACUUGCAUCAACCGUGUAGCACAGAGGCUAUUGCGAGUAUUCGUACUUUGCCAUUAAGCAAUGCUGACGAUAUUGAUAGCAAUACCAUAUUGAUCCGAACAGAUAAUAGUUCAAGUAAAACUAUGUUAAUUAAAUGGGAUGAACCAAAAAACCCAAAUGGUGUAAUAGUAUCUUACAGCGUCGAGUAUACCCACCUAGAUAAUGAUAGCCCUAAGCCCACUGUUGUGUGUAUUACUCAUCUCCAGUACCAGACAGACAAAGGCCAUAGACUGACGGCCUUAUCUCCUGGUAAUUAUUCACUCCGGCUUCAGGCUACUUCUCUAGCAGGAAAUGGAAAUUGGACAAACUAUGUGUUUUUUAAAAUUCCAGAAACAUCGGGUGGUCUUACAACUGAAGUACUUGCUCUGGUAGUGUGUUGUACUGUUGCCACUUUCAUCAUCUUUGGAGUGGGAGGAUGGAUCUUUGUGAGACGGAAGCUUGCUCCUAGAGUUCCAGAUGGUGUUCUUUAUGCAUCUGUUAACCCUGAAUACAUGAGUGCCGUGUAUGAGCCCGAUGAGUGGGAGGUACCCAGAGAUAAAGUGUGUCUACUCAGGGAACUAGGACAGGGAUCUUUUGGAAUGGUUUGGGAAGGAGAAGCUAAGGACCUUGUGGAAGGAAAACCAAAAGUUAAAUGUGCUGUAAAGACUGUCAAUGAGUCCGCAUCUUUAAGAGAAAGAAUAGAAUUCCUUCAGGAAGCUUCAGUUAUGAAAGCAUUUAAGUGCCAUCAUGUCGUGAAGCUCUUGGGAGUUGUAUCUAAGGGUCACCCUACGUUGGUUAUUAUGGAACUUAUGGCCAAUGGAGAUCUGAAGAGCUACUUACGAUCUCAUCGCCCUGACAAUGAGGAAAACUUGGGAAAACAACCUCCAACUCUGAAGAGAAUUCUUCAGAUGGCUAUUGAAAUUGCAGAUGGUAUGGCAUACCUUGCAGCAAAGAAGUUUGUACAUCGUGACUUGGCAGCAAGAAACUGUAUGGUUGCUGAAGACCUGACAGUGAAAAUUGGGGACUUUGGAAUGACUCGAGAUAUUUAUGAAACAGAUUACUAUAGAAAGGGUGGGAAAGGGCUGCUUCCUGUCCGAUGGAUGGCUCCAGAGUCGUUAAAGGACGGAGUUUUUACCAGCCAGUCAGAUGUUUGGUCUUACGGAGUUGUACUUUGGGAAAUGGCAACCUUAGCUUCUCAACCAUAUCGAGGGUUGUCUAAUGAACAAGUUGUCAAGUAUGUUAUCAAUGGAGGGGUAAUGGAAAUGCCCGAGAACUGUCCUGAAAAGCUGUAUGCUCUAAUGAGACUGUGUUGGUAUCCAAAUCCUAAAGCCAGGCCAACUUUUACGGAAUUGAUUGAAAUAUUACUUCCUGAUGUGCCUAAUUACUUUGAAGAGGUCUCGUUUUACUUCACACAACAUACUGAAGUUUUGAACCGUGAAAACGAAGAUGUGGUGACUCCCUCCACACCUUUAAAGUCAUCAGGCACCAAUGAACAACAAAGUCUGGAUGAAAGUGACCAUCAGCAUGAAAGAAAAGAAGUCAGGUAUUUUCCUAGUGCCACACACAUGCCAGGAAAUCAUCACCAUAUGGACUGUUCUUGUUCAGAAUGUCAAGGAGGCCAUCUUCAAAGUGAAGGUCCUGACAACCUGGAAGACAGCAAGGGUCUGGUUGUACACUGUGCUGAAGACAGUAAAGGCAUGUCCAUUGCAUCAUCAGAUGGUAGUAAGGGAAGUAAAGUGAGCACGGUCUCCAAUGGUAGUCUUGCUAACGGACAUGUACCAUUCCAUGGAGAAAAGACAUCCAUUUGCUAACAGUAGUGACUCCAAGUUUAUUUUGGCCAAUGUGAGACUACUACUGCAAGGAAGUCAAGAGUUGUCACCAGUCCAUUUCAAGUGACUUCUUUUUACCAUACGUACUUCACAAUGCCCCUUGUGGCUUUACAUAGACCAAGGUAACCUCUAGAUAAACCCAUCUAGUCAGCGGGGUGUGGUAAUUUAUGCUAGGGCUUACCUGUAGUACAGCAUUUGGCUCUGAUUAAAUUAAUUAUGUUUCACUGUUUAUGGUCACAAUCACUUUUCUCACCAACCACAGAAAAGUGCCUUUACAACAGUUGAUAAGAAAGUUUCCGGAUAAAGCCGAUGUGGCAGAGCCAAUUAAUGUAACACAAAUAAGGCUUCUUAACACAUUUAAAAAGGAUUUACAAGGCAAAUAUAUACAGCUGGGCUUAUAAAACAGAGUUAAUAUUUCAUUUAUCAGUUAAAAAGAGAUUUUUAACUAAACAUUUGUUCCAUUGUAACAGUAUUAAAUGUGCUAUUUGACCACAAGUAAAUUUCUGUGGUAUUUUUUAAGACACUUGUGUAUUGUCUCAGUCGUAAGCAUGAUAGUAUUCUUCUUCCUUCCUCUUUCUUCAGCGAGACUGAAUUGUAGUUUCUCAGUUAAAUACCCAAUUAUAGUGUUAAGUAGUAUCUUGAGGUUAAUGAGCUAGUUAUGGGGUUGCUAUGUUUUCUGUCAAACAGUUGUACUUUCUCAUAUAUAUAAUAACCUAGAACUUUAUCAGUAGCCAAAGGUUUCAGUUGAGGAGUAGAAAUGUAAUAUUUCUUAAUUAUGCUAGUCAAGCUACAACUGUUUAUAAAAAACAAAUAUUUGUACGUGGACUUUGUUUAGGAAAUAAAUCCUUGCGUAAACACAACGACUUGGAUUUUGUAGAAGUUAAGUACUGAAUAUUUGAGAUUCUGGAAAAUCGUGAUGGUUUUAAUGUUAUUAAGAACACCCAUGGACAAGUUAACAGACUGAUCCUAGCUAAUUUGGACAGUGUUGUGUCGAAAGAAUACAGAGUUACAUUUAGAAAGGUAGUUUUACCUUGACCGUUGAUCUGAAAGUGAUUUUUUUUUUUUCACAAUCAGCAAUUCUUCACGGCCAUGUUUUGUUAACAUGAUAUUUAUUAUUGAAGGAUACUUUGUACACAGUCAUUGAUUUUACAGGUUUAUCAACCCCAUUUCCUACUGCAGAAUGGGUAAUAUUAAGUAGAAUAAACCAUAGCUUUUAAAUGUUGUUUUUUUAAACCUAAAAUGUUUGUUUACAUGUGUGUGUGUGUGUGUGUGUACAUACUACUUUAGAUUUUGACUGUAAAAUGUGAACUAUAUCUUUUAAUAUUGGAUUUUGUUAAUAUUUAUUGAAGGCACAUUGUUCUAGCUUUACACAUGGACAAAGUAAGAUCUUUUGGAGAAGAAUAACCAAGUAGUUUGAUCUUCUUUAUUUCAUUAUUAUUUUUAUACAUAUGUACUUGAAAUUAACAUUUUCUUUGUGUUUCAGCUGUUUGUUCUACAGACCAUCAUGUUACAGAUUUUCACAAUGAUUUUUUAGUAGCCUACCUUAGCAGAAUAUUGUUUUUUUUGGUAUUAUAUCCAUCAGUUUGAAAAUUUAAAUUUUAAGAUUAUUGACAUGAAAAUACAAUAUUCUUUUUUUUUAGUUACACAUUUUAAAGUUCUGUGUUAAAGUCUGUCUUUCACAAACAUUAUUACAUGUUGGACAAUCUUACUUUUCUUUGGAGGUAUUAGUACUAAUGAAAUGGUAAAUUCAUCGAUAGUCCAUCAAUUUUUUCUUCUUUCAUUAAAAAUUAAAAACUUCUAACUUAUUAACAUUGUUCCUCUUUAAACAUAUUAAAAACCAAAUACUUUUAAAGUUCUUUUAACAUCAUCAUUAAAUUUACAGACUAGUAUUUUGUUGUAUCAUUAAUUGUUUUAGAACAUUUAGAUCUUUGACAUAUUUUAGUAGGUAAGUCAAACUGACUUAGUUAAAAAAAAACCAGGUUUACCUAAAACUAUCUAUAAUUCAUCAACACCUUACAAGACUAACACUAACAUAAACCAGUAAACCUGUUUUAACUUCCUAUAAUACAUCAACACCUUACAAGACUAACACUAACAUAGACCAGUAAACCUGUUUUAACUUCCUAUAAUACAUCAACACCUUACAAGACUAACACUAACAUAAACCAGUAAACCUGUUUUAACUUCCUAUAAUACAUUAACACCUUACAAGACUAACACUAACAUAAACCAGUAAACCUGUUUUAAUUUCCUAUAAUACAUCAACACCUUACAAGACUAACACUUAGAUAGACCAGUAAACCUGUUUUAACUUCCUAUAAUACAUCAACACCUUACAAGACUAACACUUAGAUAGACCAGUAAACCUGUUUUAACUUCCUAUAAUACAUCAACACCUUACAAGACUAACACUUAUAUAGACCAGUAAACCUGUUUUAACUUCCUAUAAUUCAUCAACACCUUACAAGACUAACACUUAUAUAGACCAGUAAACCUGUUUUAACUUCCUAUAAUUCAUCAACACCUUACAAGACUAACACUAACAUAAACCAGUAAACCUGUUUUAAUUUCCUAUAAUACAUCAACACCUUACAAGACUAACACUUAGAUAGACCAGUAAACCUGUUUUAAUUUCCUAUAAUACAUCAACACCUUACAAGACUAACACUUAGAUAGACCAGUAAACCUGUUUUAAUUUCCUAUAAUACAUCAACACCUUACAAGACUAACAUUUAGAGACCAAUAAAGGUUUCAUAUUUUCAGGAGUACAGAGCCAAAUGCUUGGGUAGCUUAUUAAGAUAUAUUUUAUCAGAGGAUUUAAGUGCGAGGUCUUUGUUUUACAAGCAUCUUUCAUGUUAUCUGCCAUAGCAGUAUAUGUAGGCAGUAUUAUGUACUUACUCGUACCCUUUCAAAUCCAAGGUGAACAAAGAUUAGGUGAAACAAUACCAUGGAUAACUUUGAAUGGGCUGUUCUGAAGAAAAAUAAAUAAAAUUGGAGAUUAAGUAAUGAUCAUGAUUGUGCAUAGUAAAUCAAUGUUAUAUUUCAAAGGAUUCAGAUGCUAUUAAAUGCCAAAAUAUGAACAUUAUACUGGAAAAUAAAGAGAUUGCUGCUGUACUAAGAAGAUUACACAAGUAUUUUUGUGAAAGAGGUGUGUACCAAGGAAUAUCAAAGGAUGAAAUUUUUCAAGAGAUUAUUUCAGCAUGACUUCAAGAAAUAUUGACAUAAGAACAGAUUGUUACUAAAAACUUUUUCAUGAUGUAUGUACAGAAACAGCCAUAAAAUUAUUCAUUACAGAGGGCGCUGUGCCACAAAUUAAAAAAAAAACAACUUCUGGUAGCAAUGUUGUUAUAAAAAUGCGAGUGUACGAGUUCUGUGUAUUUUAUCUUCUACUUGAAGAUAAGGCCAAAAGAUGCUUAAUGUUAUGCUACGUUCACUUAGCUGCCAAUAUUAAAUAGAAGAAAAUUGUAAAUAUUAUACAUAAACGUGUUGUUAAUGUUGGUGAAGCCUGCACUUGGCUUGGACAAAACCAUUGUACAGAACUUGAGAAGAUAUUGUAAGAUUAUGUUGAUAUGACAUUGGUUGUAACUAUGUGUAUGUGUAUAUAGUAUCAAUAUUUAUAUGGACUCCUUGUACAGAUCUAAAUGUUUCUCUAUGUAUUUGCAUUUGUAUAAGCUGAUGUUUCCUCUUCUCUCACUGGCGAGUUUUACGAUGUAACGGAUGAGAAUCUAGGGUACGUUAAAUCUAGUUUUGUAGAACUAACUGCCAGCUUAUUAUAUUCAGCUCAUGCUAUCGGUAGUCAUAAAUAUCAAGUCAUGAAAAACACUUUAUUUUCUGGAUCACAAAUUUGUAGGUGAUAUAUCAAUUUUAUGCUGAAGAUUGAAACAUUGAUAUGUUCUUUUGGCAGAACAGCAGUUACAUUCCUAAAAUACAGAAUUUUUUUGUGUAUAUGUUUUUUGUAAAAGAUAGUGUUAAUGUAUUCACGCAAGAAUAAGAAACAUGAGGAAUUAUCAGUCACAUUCUAAACCUGUAAACUAUAUUCAGUUACGUAACUCAAUUGGAAAAAAAAAGAGAGCUUUAUUUUGUGCCUUUUACUUUUUUAGAAGUUAAGUAAAUUUGACAUUGGUAUAAAACUGAAGACGAUGAUCAAAUUUUACACCACUCGAGGUUCUGCAGGUGUUUGAAAGUUUAUUAUUCUUAACUGGACAUUUCCUUCACUUUUAUUUCUAGUUGUUGUUGUUUUUUUAAAUAGGAUUAGUGAGAAAAGCAUUACAUAAUUUUAUUAGAAUCUACACAAUUUUUUUUUAAUUUUUCUUGAUAUUAUUCCUAUGGUGAAGAACUCAGCAAAACAAAGUUAAUUGUUAAGUGAUUAAUAUUGUCCAUUAAAGUUCUUCAUUUUUGUAAAUAACAUUAAACAUAGAACAAAGAGUUUGUUGAAAGCAUCCUCUCGUUUCUUGUUCAUGUAGUUGUCUGGGAGUUUUUGAACUGUUCUUGUUGUAAACCUUAUUCUCAGCCCCUGGAAAAGUAAUAAAAUAGUUAACCUGUCAGUGUAAA